AUGGCUGCUGCAGAAAGUUGUGCUCUUCUAACCAUGCAAAAACACAUGAUACCUUCUCCGGUAGAAGCUGGGGCGCGACACUUUGUUACUAGCUUCCUUGGAAGUUAUAUCUCCGCUGGAUGUUUAAUUUUGUUGGAGGAAGGGGGCACAAUAUUUACCUUUGAAGGAAACAGGAGAGAAUGUUCUCUGAAAUUGGUUCUUAAAGUUCACAGUCCCCAAUUUUACUGGAAGGUCAUGACACGGGCUGAUUUAGGCCUUGCAGAUGCAUAUAUUGAUGGCGAUUUUUCUUUCACUGAUAAAAAUGAUGGUCUUCUGAAUCUUUUUAUGAAUAUUCUUAUUGCCAGCAGAGACUCAAAUUCCUGUGUCUCAAAAUUGAGUAAGAGAAGGGGCUGGUGGACGCCAUUGCUAUUCACAGCUUUUAUAGCAUCUGCAAAACAUUUUUUAAAGCAUGUUUUAAGGCAAAACACUCUCACAAAGGCUCGCAGGAACAUCUCUCGUCAUUAUGAACUGAAUAAUGAACUUUUUGCUCUGUUCCUGGACGAAACAAUGACAUACUCCUCUGGUGUAUUUAAGAAGGAAGAUGAAGACUUGAAGGUUGCACAGCUGAGAAAAAUCUCUCUUCUGAUUGAAAAGGCAAGAAUUGAUGAGAAGCAUGAAGUUCUUGAUAUUGGGUGUGGUUGGGGAAGCUUUGCUAUUGAAGUUGUCAGACAAACUGGAUGCAAAUACACCGGCAUCACUCUCUCUGAAGCCCAACUGAAAUUUGCGGAAAAGAAAGUGAAAGAUGCUGGCCUUCAGGACCGCAUUAGACUUCUUCUUUGCGACUACCGCCAAUUGCCUGCUACCGACAAAUAUGACAGAAUUAUAUCCUGCGAGAUGAUAGAACAUGUUGGCCAUGAAUUCAUGGAUGAGUUUUUUGGUUGCUGUGAAUCAGUAUUAGCAGAAGACGGGAUUGUUGUUCUGCAGUUCAUAUCGAUACCAGAUGAACGUUAUGAUGAGUACAGACGAAGUUCAGAUUUUAUAAAGGAGUAUAUUUUUCCCGGUGGAUGCCUUCCCUCAUUAAGCCGGCAGAUAACAUCAGCCAUGGCUUCUGCAUCCAGACUUUGUGUGGAGCACCUGGAGAACAUAGGAAUUCAUUACCACCAAACACUCAGAUGUUGGAGAAAAAAUUUUCUGCAAAACCAGAGCAAAAUCCUUGAUCUUGGGUUUGACGAAAAAUUCAUACGGACAUGGGAAUAUUAUUUCGACUAUUCUGCAGCUGGUUUUAAGUCACGAACACUUGGAGAUUAUCAGGUUGUAUUCACACGUCCUGGCAAUGUUGCUGCAUUCAGCAAUCUUUAUCAAAGUUUGCUUUCAGAAGUUGAUAUUCCCCAAGGAGAGAUCAAACAUUCAUAA